GCUGCUCUUCCUCUUUUACCUCCUCCCCUGAACUCAGAACGCCGAUUCAAUCCCCUUCCUUCCCUUAUAUCUUCUCUGUGAAUUUCUCUCUGGACCACCGCUCCUUCCUUCUUCUACAUUGCGCCUCCUGCUUCUUUCUUCCACUUCUCGCAUGGCUUUCUCUUUAUACAGAUUGCCAUCUCUCUGAACCCACCACUACACAAUGACCGGUACAUGGAAGAAACUCAAGAUGGCUUUUGGGACUCGUAUGUGUCUCCAUCUUCCUCGUGUUGCUGGGGAUUCGACGCCGUCUAGUAAUGUUGCUCCCAUGUCCUCUGAGGCCGUUUCUCCGAUGGGUAGUGCUUCAAAUUGCCGCCAAUCUUCGCCGAUUCAUUCUUCGUCUAGUUCCCGUGUAUCCAAAAGCGGAUCAAGGUCUUCUAGGAGGACCUGUGCAAUAUGCUUGAUCACCAUGAAAGCAGGGAAUGGGCAUGCUAUUUUCACUGCAGAGUGUUCUCACUCUUUCCAUUUCCAUUGCAUUGCCUCAAAUGUAAAGCAUGGGAGCCAAAUUUGCCCUGUUUGCAGAGCGAAAUGGAAAGAAAUUCCUUUCCAGAUUUCCACUUCGGAUUACGCUAGCCCCAGAACCAACCCAGUUGGCUCGGCCCCAGAUGAUCCGUGGAUGGCUAUGGUUCGACAGAUGGCUUCUCCUCGCUCCGAUACUGGUAGACAGAUCUCCUCUCUUUUUCAUGGUUCUGAACCAGUAGCUUAUGAUGAUGAUGAAGCUUUAGAUCAACAACCUCAUGCCACCGAGAGAAACACAUCAAAUGAUGGUGCCGCUGUUCAUAGUUGCACUGAUAAAGUAGAGGUCAAAACGUACCCUGAAAUUUCAGCUGUUCCAAGAUCAGUUUCUCGUGAUCACUUCUCUGUGUUAGUCCAUGUCAAGGCUCCUUUCUCCAUUGCUACACAAAAUAACUCUAGAAGCCAGGCUGCAUUGCCUCUAUUGAAUCAACCUUCUCGUGCACCAGUUGAUCUGGUAACAGUGCUUGAUGUUAGUGGCAGUAUGGCAGGUACGAAGCUCGCCCUGCUCAAACGUGCUAUGGGUUUUGUGAUCCAGAAUCUCGGCCCUUCUGAUCGGCUUUCGGUCAUAUCAUUCUCCUCAACCGCUCAUCGUCUUUUCCCGCUUUCUCGAAUGACUGACCUUGGACGACAGCAGGCAUUGCGGGCUGUUAAUUCUCUAUCAUCAAACGGUGGGACAAACAUUGCUGAAGGCUUGAAGAAAGGUGCCAAGGUGUUGGUUGACCGCAAGUUGAAGAACCCUGUUGCUAGCAUUAUAAUGUUGUCUGAUGGGCAGGAUACAUAUACUUUCAAUGGUUCUAGUAGUGCUCGUCCUCAAAUAGAUUACGAGUCCCUCCUUCCAGUUUCAAUUCUUCACAAUAACCACUCUGGAAUGCAGCAGAUACCGGUGCAUACGUUUGGAGUCGGUGCAGACCAUGAUCCCGUGACAGCGCAUACGAUUUCCAACGCAUCAGGGGGCACAUUUUCAGUUAUAGAAAACGAAAGCACAAUCCAGGAUGCAUUCGCUCAGUGCAUCGGUGGCCUCUUGAGCGUGGUGGUGCAGGAUCUGCAGGUUGAAGUAAGAUGCAUUCACCCAACUCUGCAGCUUGGUUCAAUACAAGCAGGAAGUUACCAAGCCAGCAUCACAGAACGUGCAAGAUGUGCCACCGUACACUUCGGAGACUUAUAUGCCGAAGAAGAGAGGGACUUUUUGUUGACACUCAACAUUCCAGUUGAUGAAUCUGAAGGUGAGAUGCCAUUGCUAAAGGUUAAAUGCGUUUACAAGAACCCCAUCACCAAAGAGCCAAUCACUUUGGACGAGGUCAGUGAGGUUCAAAUACAGAGGCUAGACAGAGUAGGGGAACAAGCAGUGUCAUUAGAAGUAGACAGACAGCGAAAUAGAUUUCGAGCAGCAGAGGCGAUAUCGGAGGCUAGAGUUGCUGCGGAACGGGGUGAUUUAGCUGGUGCAGUGUCUGUGUUGGACAAUUGUUAUAGAACCGUGUCUGAAUCAGCAUCUGGUCGAGGUAGCGACCAAUUAUGUGCGGCUCUUUGCGCCGAGCUGAAGGAAAUGAAGGAAAGAAUGGCGACGAAGCAUAUGUACGAGGCGUCUGGAAGAGCAUAUAUGCUGUCGGGAUUGAGCUCGCAUUCAUGGCAGAGAGCAACUGCGAGAGGGGAUUCAGUGGACAUGGGAAGCGCAGUGCAGAGUUAUCAAACGCCAUCAAUGGUGGAUAUGGUGACUCGUUCUCGGACCAUGAUAUUGGAGGCGCCGCCAUCUCAAAGAACACUGAUUCCCACUCACUCUUUCCCGGUGAGAGCACUGCAGCCGCCAUCUCCGCGGUAAAUUGUAGUGACUGAUGAGGUUUGAAGCUGAAAUGAGCUGAAAUGGCUCUGCAAUUCCCAAUGCUCUGUUUUUUUUUUUUUCUUCAUGGUUCUUCUAUUGGUUUAUUUGAUUUUAUACAAUUCUUUUUGUUUUUGACGUGGGUGGGUUAAUCGUUGUCGUUAGGAUUCGUUAUUUGGAAAUACCAUUUGUGUAUUUAUUUCACUACAUCAAUAAAAAUAUCAUUCAACUUUA